CUAUAUGAUGGAGUGAGAGUCAUAGAGAGCUGUAAAGGAGUGAAAUCCAAGUCUUCACCCACACAUUCAUUCACUCACUCCACUUCCUUUCGUUUCAACAACCCAAAAAUAAAACACUCAAAUUCUCUGCCUUUUCUUUAUCUUACCACUUUGCUUCUUCUUCCCUUUCUACAAUGUCUUGGGUGCUCUGCCCUCAAACUCACUGAAAACUUAACCAGACUCAUCCAUGGAUUUCGACCUCGAAAACCCACUUGCAAUUUCCCAUGACUUCCACUCUGAAACACUCACUUCUUUGUUUUCCACUGAAUCUGAUCACAUGGCAUCAGAGACUUACUUUCAAAGCCUGAAAGCUCGAGACUUCGACAUCUCCAUUCGAAGGGAAGCCAUCUCUGCCAUCUCAGAGCUGUGUUGCAACUCUGAUGAACUUUUACUGUACCUUGCUGUAAAUUAUCUGGAUCGGUUCUUGUCCUGCCAAGGAAUGCUGAAACCAAAGCCAUGGCUCAUAAAGCUUCUUGCAAUCUCCUGCAUUUCUUUAGCUUCCAAGAUGAUGAAAUCAGAAUUCUCUCUACAUGAUGUUCAGGGUGAUGGAGGCAUCAUUUUCGACACGCAAACAAUUCAAAGGAUGGAAGUACUCAUAUUGGGAGCUCUAAAAUGGAGAAUGCGUUCCAUAACACCCUUCUCAUUCAUGUCAUUUUUCAUUUCUUUGUUCAAACUAGAAGACCCGCCAUUGCUGCAGGCUCUCAAAGCUAGAGCCACCCAAAUCAUCUUCAAAUCUCAAAAGGAUGUUGAGCUUUUAGUGUUCAAGCCAUCAAUAAUCGCGGCCGCUGCUCUCUUCUCUGCUUCUCACGAGUUAUUUCCUAUGCAAUUCUCCUGCUUUAAAAAAGCACUAACCCACUGUUCAUAUGUAAAUAAGGAAAACAUGUUGCAAUGCUAUAGUGCAAUGCAAGGCAUUGUGGUUGAUGGGUUCGAUUCAAUGCUAGAGAGGGUGUGUAGCUCGGUCGUCACACCAGCCAAUGUGCUAGACCAUACUUUUUCAAGCUCGGCAGAAAGUGGAAAAACCAGAGUCACAAGCAUUACCACGAUGAGAAUGGAGAGGGACUUGAAGAGGAGAAAAAUUAGUGUACUGUAAAGAUCACAGACUCCAAAUUUCUCACAAGCAUUUCCAAAGUCACAAGCACUGCUGAGACCUGAGACCUUCUCUUUUUCGAGAGGGACACUAGCUUUUAGCUGCGCCAAUAAACAAAAAGAGAAAUGGGCAAGAAAACAAAUAGAAAAAAGAUGAGAAUAAACCGAUGAGAGAGAGAGAGAAAGAGAGAGAGAUGAAGUUUUUAUCUUAUGAACCAAGCCAAACAGAAACACUGCUGUCAGUUACAUUAUGUUGGGUUGGAGAAGAAAUUGAAAAAGAAUGGAGGGGUCUUUAUUCCUUUUGUUCUAUUUCUCUUUUUGUUUUCUUUUGGAAUCAAACGAAGACACGACAUAUAUAAUAAUAACUUUGAAUUGUAGGGUUUGAAUUGA